CAGAUAAGUCAUGAUUGGGAAGAGAUGACUGCUGAAGAUUUUAACCCCGUGCCUCUUGCGUUACAAUUGCUCGAUGAUAGUUCGCUUGGAAAAGACUAUAAAGUUUUUCAACAAACAAAGAAGAACCUUGACAGAGCACUUCAAUUUAUUGUAGAUGACUAUUACCAAGGAUUCAAUAGUUCAAUUGGAGCGUUCGGAGGGGUUAUUCAAAAUAUUGGAGGUAUUGUUGCUCGGCAUAAAAAGAAGAUGAUGAAUAAUCAUAAUAUGACGUGCAAGGAGGCUUUGGUAUCAAAACGAUCGGAUUUACUUCAGCUGUGGUUCCGUAGUCAACAGUAUAAAGAAAUGAUCCGGAUAUUGGAUUUGAUAGAGGAAUUCAAGGGUGCACCCGAAAAAUUGGAAGUACUAUUAAGGGAAAAACACUUUUUGACGGCAUCCAAAUUGUUGUUGGAAUCAAUUCAUGCAUUAGAAAGAAAGGAGAUGAUCGGAAUCGGGGCACUUUCUGAUUUACGACGGUAUCUGAGAGCACAGCAAAGUUCACUUCAUGACCUUUUGAUUGAAGAAUUACAUAACCACUUAUAUGUGAAAAGUGCAUAUUGCGAUAGUCGAUGGGUCAAAUAUACCAAGGAUCAGAAAAAAUUGCCAUCACCACUCAUGGAAUGGAAUUCCGAAAGAGAGACGUUUAAAAUGAAUUUCAUGUUCAACACAAAGAACAAGAAAAAUUUACACGGUGAGAAUAAG